AUGGCCGCCGGCAUCUCACCGCCGGCCAUCAUCCUCGGCCUGCUCUUCAUCCUCUCCCUCUUCUCCACCUCCGUCUCUUCCGCAGAGGCGGAGGAGAACCUUCUGGCCUUCAGGUCCUCCCUGGAGGACCCCACCAACGCUCUAUCCGGCUGGUCCCCCGCCGCCGGCCAUGUCUGCAACUGGACCGGAGUCACCUGCGAUCCCAGUUCCGGCAGGGUGGCGUCGCUGGUCCUCCGCAGCCUCAACCUCUCCGGCGAGAUCUCGCCGUCGCUGUGCCGUCUAGCGGGUCUCUCCGAGCUCAACCUCGCCGGCAACUUCUUCAACCAGUCCAUCCCCCUCCAUCUCGCGCAAUGCACCUCCUUGCAGGCGCUCAAUCUCAGCAACAAUCUCCUGUGGGGAACGCUCCCUGACCAGAUAUCACAGCUUCGGUCCCUGACAUCGCUCGACCUCAGUGGGAACAAGCUUGAAGGGGCAUUGCCGAUCGGCUUGGGGGCUCUGGAUCGCCUCCGAGUUCUGAACCUCGGAGGAAACAUGUUCACAGGCGCCCUCCAUAUCUCCAUUUUCGGCAACCUGAGCGACCUCGUCCACAUCGACAUCUCUCAGAACCCGUCCUUCUCCUCCGAGUUACCCCCCCAGCUGGGUAAUCUCAAGAAACUAAGAAAGAUUCUGAUGCAGAGCGCCGGACUUCGCGGUGGGAUCCCCCAAUCCUUCGUUGGACUCGGCGAACUGGAGAUUCUUGAUCUCUCUCGGAACAACCUGAGUGGGAAAAUUCCUGUGGGUUUCGGUCUGAGACUCGCCAAGCUGGUGUAUCUGGAUCUCUCUCAGAACAGACUCUCAGGUUCGUUUCCGGGGGAGAUUUGCAGUGGGAUGGUUCUCGCAGAACUGAAUCUCCACACCAAUUCUUUCUCCGGCGAGCUACCCGAAUCCAUGGGGAGCUGCUCCAACCUGGAGAGACUGCAGCUUCAGAACGGUGGGUUCUCCGGAGAAUUCCCAUCUGGAUUAUGGGCUCUUUCGAAGAUGACGGUCAUCAGAGCCGAGAACAAUCGGUUUUCAGGAGAGAUACCCGACUACAUUAGAACCGCCUCUCGGCUCGAACUAGUUCAGAUCGAUAACAACAGCUUCAGUGGAAGGAUUCCCCCUGGUUUCGGGAUGAUAAGCUCCUUGUACAGAUUCUCCGCAUCCAUGAACGGGUUCUACGGCGAGCUCCCGGAGAACUUCUGCGACUCGCCGGCGAUGAGUAUCAUUAGUUUCUCCCACAACUCACUCACCGGUUCCAUUCCAUCGCCUAGAAGAUGCAGAAAGCUUGUUUCUCUGUCAUUAGCGGGCAAUCACUUCACCGGGGAGAUCCCCAACUCUCUGACUCAACUCCCCGUGCUGACGUAUCUCGAUCUCUCCGACAACAAUCUCUCCGGCGAGAUACCGCAGGGGCUCCAAAACCUGAAGCUCGCCCUGCUCAACGUCUCCUUCAACCAGCUGUCUGGAGAAGUCCCUCUCCCGCUGAUCUCCGGCCUUCCGGCCUCUUUCCUCCAAGGAAAUCCGGGCCUCUGCGGGCCGGGUUUGGCCAAUCCAUGUGGUGCAGAAGAGGCGCAGAAGAGGAGGAACCUCUCAUUGACCUAUGCACUCAUCUCCAUAGCUUUCGCCGGCGGGGUCAUUCUAGUGGCCGCUGCCUUGUACGUAAAGAAUCAGUCUUUACGGCGGAAGGCUCGGAGGGCUCACUCCGCGAGCUGGAAAUCUGUACUCUACUAUCCUCUCCGGAUCACAGAAGACGAUCUCCUGAUGAGAUUCAACGAAAGCAAUUGUGUCGGCAGAGGAGCAUUUGGUGAAGUCUACGCUAUCCGCCUACCUGGUGGGGAGGUCGUCGCCGCCAAGAAGCUGAUCUACCCCACCAAUCUCUCAAUGAGAUCUCUGAAAACGGAGAUCAAGACCCUGGCCAAGGCGAGGCACAAGAAUCUCACCAAAUUGCUGGGUUUCUGUUACUCGGAGGGCAUCGUCGUCUUGAUCUAUGAGAGUCUACCGAAGGGAAGCUUGGGAGACGCGAUAUCCAGAAGUGGAUUCUCCAUGGAAUGGCCCACGCGGCUGAGAAUCGCCAUGGGCGCCGCCCAAGCCCUCAGUUACCUCCAUGAGCACUACGUCCCGACGCUGCUCCAUCGGAAUGUGAAGUCCAGGAACGUCCUUCUCGACGUCGACUACGAGCCCAAGCUCACGGACUUUGGACUCGACCGUGUCCUCGGGGAGAGCUCCUACGGCUCGUCCAUGGCGUCUGAGCUGGGCUCUCGCUGCUACCUAGCGCCAGGUAAAAAUGGAGUAAUCCCCUCAUCCCGUCACCUUCAUCACCUUGAAGCGGCUCGCCAGCUCGUAAGACUCCUCCGAGCUUGAACCAUAGAUAGAGAUCUCACCCUCGUGAUGAUCGCAGAAUGUGGGUACUCGAAGAAGGCGACGGAGAAGAUGGACGUCUACAGCUUCGGCGUGCUGCUGCUCGAGCUCGUCACCGGCCGGCCGGCGGAGCAGCCGGAGCCCAGAGACUCCCUCGACGUCGUCCGGUGGGUUCGGAGGAGGAUUAACACCGACAACCGCUUCCAGAUCUUGGACCAGAAGAUAUCUGGCACGGCUCUACCGUCGAUAUCGGGUGCCCUAGACCUCGCGCUCCGUUGCACCGCCGUCUCACCGGAGAAGAGGCCGACCAUGCUCGAGGUGCUGAGAUCGCUCCAGUCGCUCGAAUCUGCGGCGGAUCCGCCGCCGGUUCUCUCAGCUGACACUUCCUACUCCGGCAAUCCUUGA